UCUGUUAACUACCGUUGAUUUCUUUUCGGAAAGGUGCGCAUCAGGUAAAAGCGCAGUAUUCUUCUCUCAAUUUUAUUUUGAUGCUUCUCAUCCUAAAUUCCAAGGGUGAUGGGUAAUAAACCUAUGAAACAACAACAACUGACAGCCACCAAAAAUAGGGUCUCUAACAAAUGUUCCGAAGAUUCGAACGAGUAUGCAAAUGCGUCAAAUUACGAAACAACGUCUUUUUCAACGAAUUCAGAUUAUGGGACGUAUGAAAGACUUAGUCUAGCAGUAGGUGGCCAUUAUGAAGAAAUAAGACACAUGAGGAUCAGACAGGACCUGUUUGUGGUCGCCUUGGACAUCGGGUCCUCGUCUUCCGGGUAUGCGAUCUCUUCUUACGACUCCUACAAGAGGAACCCUCUUCAGAUCAGCACGUUUACUUGGAAGUCCAAAACAGACGGGUCUCAGCACUUUAAGACUCUAUCCGCCGUCCUGCUGAAUCCUAGCGGUGAACUCCACAGCAUCGGGUAUGACGCCGAAUACCACUACACCAACUCCCUACAGGAGGACGAACGGCAGCAAUGGUUCUAUUUCCAGAACUUCAAGAUGAUACUCUACAACCACCAGAUAUCAAGAGAUCUCACUUUGCAUGAUGUGAAAGGAAAGCCUCAGAAAGCUUUGAAGAUAUUUGCCAUCUUCAUAAAAGGGAUGAAGAACGAUUUCACAACUCGGAUGGUGGAACAAAUCCGUUUUGGAGAGGGCAUCGAUGAAGACAUUCAUUGGGUUCUCACGGUUCCAGCAAUAUGGAACGAGAAAGCCAAGCAGUUCAUGAGAGAAGCUGCAAGACAGGCGGGAAUUAUGAUGGACAGACUGUCAAUUGCUAUAGAACCGGAAGUGGCUGCCCUGUACUGUGCCCUUUUCCAGGUUGAUAAGCUAACAGGAUGUCGUCAAGAUGAGGAAACUUCUCAACACAAAACGUUCUCACCUGGAGAACAAUGCCUUAUUGUUGACAUAGGGGGUGGGACAGUAGAUAUCACGGCUCAUGAGAUUCUACCUGGCGGAGGUCUCCGAGAAGUCAUCGCUGCUUCAGGUGGAAAUUUGGGUUCCUUAGCCAUAAACGACGAGUUUAUCGACCUUUUAGAGGAUCUGACAGAAACAGAUAUUAUGAAGGUCAUUAAGGAAUCGUACCCUGAUGAUUUUCUGAUAUUUAUGUCGGUUUUUGAGAAUAAAAAGAGGGUAUUCUCAAAAGACGACGAUAGGGUUAUUCUUCACGUUCCUCAGUCCAUUCGUGAUAUUAUGUGCGAGAGGCUUGGAAAGUCAUUGGAAGAUCACAUUGAAGAAAUUGGCAGAGCACAUGAAGUGAAAUUUCAGCGCGACAGAAUGUAUAUUUACAACGAUGCUUUCACGAAAUUGUUGAAUCGCACUAUCGAAAAAAUAAUCUUUCACGUGUCCGCGAUUAUAGAUUCGAACAAACUCAAGGUGGAUAGCAUCGUUCUUGUAGGUGGGUUUGCCGAGUGUGAUCUUUUAAAGUCGUUAUUUAAGGCGUCAUUUCCAGGUUCCAGAAUACUGGUUCCCGAAGAUCCGGUUCUUGCAGUCCUGAAGGGUGCCGUUCUUUGUGGCAGAAAUCCUCAAAUCCUUCAGACCAGAGUAUGUCGGUGUACAUACGGCAUUUGCACUACUGUCGAUUUUGAUGAAAAACGCUUUCCUCCAGAAAAAAAGGUACGUAUCGGUAGGAAAAUGCUCGCAAAGGACAUUUUCAACAUACAUAUCAAAGCCAACGAAACGAUCCAUAUUGGACAAAAGGGUAGGCCAAAGAAUUAUUAUUUAAGCAGAGAUGAUCAAGACCAGCUAGAUUUAGAAAUAUACGCAUCAACUAAAACAAAUCCAAUGUUCACAACCGAGGAAGGAGUGUUUUAUUUGGGAAUUUUAGUAAUUAAAAUUCCAAAGAUGGCGGCCGUCUGCAAUGAGUCUCGGUAUUUUUCAGUCAGCUUUCUGUUAGACGGUACGGAACUAGAGGUCGAGGCGGUGGACUCGGCGACCAACGAAACUACGGCAGUCAAGAUUGACUUAAUCGAAUGAACAAGAUGAACAAGAAACUGUGUGCUUUUCUUUGAAAUACUCUUAGCUUCUAGUUAGUAUUUAUCAUAUUAUAAAAGAGCUCUGCUGAAAAA